UCCAAAAAAGUCUAAAAGCGGCUGCUUUCAGAUUAUGCAGAAGGAUUGCUUCAUCUGACAUUGCAACGCAGCUGCUCCAAGUUGGGAUGUGAGCAUUGUUUUACAGCACAAAGCACCACCAUGCUAGAAAGAAGGGGAUUGCAACACUGUUACAAUGUCUGAACCAACCGGCAUUGACAAAGAGAAAAAAAACCCAAUUCCUCCUACCCUGAGUGGCCGUAGAGCCCUCCCCCAAAAUGUCUCCAAUGCUGAAGAAGAUGAGGUCCCUGUCAUGGAGAUGACUGGUUUGGUACCCAGGGGAGUUAACUUGAAAGAUAAUUUUGAAGUUAAGGAAGUUCACAUGUUCAAAGAUACCCAGGAAGUCAACAAGCAGGCGCAUCAUACUGACAAGUUCUACAACCCAAAGUUGAUUGUACGGCGAGGACAGCCUUUCCAUAUCCAGAUUGACUUCAACCGUCCUUACAAUCCUGAAAAAGACCAGUUCUGGGUGGAAUACGUCAUAGGUCGUUAUCCACAGCAAAACAAAGGCACAUACAUCCCAGUCCCUUUGGUUGAAGAAUUGCAAAGCGGGACAUGGGGAGCCAAGAUUACUUGGAAGGAAGACAGUUCCAUUAGGCUGUCCAUCAUGUCUGCUCCGACCUGCAUUGUGGGGAAAUUUCGCCUCUAUGUCGCUAUCCAGACUCCCUUUGGCAUCCUUCGGACAAAGAGAAACCCCGAGACUGACACCUACAUACUCUUUAAUCCCUGGUGCCCAGAGGAUUCAGUGUUUCUGGAUGACGAGAAGGAAAGGCAAGAGUAUGUCCUGAAUGACAUUGGUGUUGUUUUCCAUGGAGACAUCAACAAUAUAAAAUCCAGAAGCUGGAAUUAUGGUCAGUUUGAAGAGGGCAUUCUGGAUGCUUGCCUGUACUUGAUGGAUAGAGCAAAACUAGAUCUCUCUGGGCGAGGAAACCCAGUCAAAAUCGGUCGGGUUGGAUCUGCAGUGAUCAAUGCUAAAGAUGAUGAGGGAGUGGUUGCUGGCUCUUGGGACAAUGUUUAUGCUUAUGGAGUAGCACCGUCAGCCUGGACAGGAAGUGUAGACAUCCUUUUGGAAUAUCAUAGCUCUGGUAUGCCAGUGAGAUAUGGUCAGUGCUGGGUCUUUGCUGGAGUCUUCAAUACAUUUUUGAGGUGCAUAGGAAUACCUGGAAGAAUUGUUACCAAUUAUUCCUCUGCGCAUGAUAACGAUGCCAAUUUACAACUGGAUGUCUUUGUGGAUGAAGAAGGGAAAGUGAACCCCAAACUCACAAAAGACUCAGUCUGGAAUUAUCACGUCUGGAACGAGGCAUGGAUGGCCAGACCUGAUCUUCCAGUUGGUUUUGGAGGAUGGCAAGUCGUAGACAGUACUCCUCAAGAAAACAGUGAUGGUAUGUACAGAUGUGGCCCUGCCUCAGUUCAAGCUGUUAAACAUGGUCAUGUCUGCUUCCCAUUUGAUGCUCCUUUUGUUUAUGCAGAGGUGAACAGUGAUAUUGUUUACUCAAAAGCAAUGAAAGAUGGGACUAGAGUGAUCGAACACAUCGAUAAGACCCACAUUGGGAAAUUAAUCCUGACCAAGGAAAUUGGCAGUGAUGGGACCAAGGACAUUACUGAACAGUACAAAUUCCAGGAAGGCACAGAAGAAGAGAGACUGGCCCUUGAGACAGCUCUGAUGUAUGGCAUUAAAAAGGAGGCUACCCCGGAUACUGUGCUGCAGAUAGGGACUGAUGUCGACAUGGACUUUCAAGUAGAAAAUACAACACUUGGCAGUGACAUCAAAGUCACUGUAACUUUCAGAAACAACAGCCACAACCGUUACACUGCAACCGCCUAUCUAUCUGGCAGUAUUGUAUUUUAUACAGGUGUCUUGAAGAAUGAAUUCAAGAGCCAUAUUUUUGAUGUGACACUGGAACCCAGGACAUCUAAAAUUUCUGAGGUCUUAAUCAAAUCGAGGGAGUACAUGAGUCAGCUGCUGGAACAGGCCUCUUUGCAUUUCUUCGUCACAGCACGUCUCAAUGAAACAAAAAAGAUCCUGGCCAAGCAGAAGACCUCUGUGCUGCAAAUCCCCAAGCUUCACAUCAAGGUUCCUGGAGAGAAGGUAGUUGGGAAGGAAAUGUCUGUGAUCACAGAAUUCACCAACCCACUGAACCAAAAGCUUGAAAAUGUCUGGGUACGUCUCGAUGGACCUGGGCUACUGAAGGCAACCACAAAAAUGUUCAGAGAAAUUCCAAAGAAUUCUACUUUGACCUGGGAAGAAAAAUGCAUUCCAAGACAAGCUGGAGUUCGAAAGCUAAUUGCAAGCCUGAAUUGUGAUGCCCUACGACAUGUCUAUGGUGAGCUGGACCUAGAGGUUGAAAGGAAACCACUUGUGUAAACAAGAUUUUUCUUAAUUUGCCAGUGUUUAUAGGGAAAAAAUUGAAGAAGAAAUAUUUUCAGCUCUCAUUGUCUUAGCUCUGAGUAAGUGCACAUGUCAAUAAAGUGAAGUAACAGAAGACACCAGGGGGGAGGGUUGGGAAUGAAUUUAUCGGGUUAUAAGUGUUCCAAAUUAAGGCAAUUUGAGGCCAUAUUACUCUUAUAGUUCACAUGAAUGUAUACCAGGGGUGGGCACGAUAUCUCUUGUGGCUAGACCUGGCCCAUGGACAACCCUGCCAGGACCCUCAGGCAUGCAGCAGCUGCUAUAAUAAGCACAGGGAUCCUCCAUGUGACUCUCCAUUCUAAUGGGAGGGGGCUUCGGGUGAUCUCCCUGCCCCCAGCCUAAUCCUCAACUCCUAUUGGCCAGAAACAACCAGCCAAUAGGUGCUGAGAUUGGCCUGGGAGCUGGGGGCAACACAAGCCUAUCCCCCCUCUCAGAGCUGAGAGCCACAUGGAGAGAGUAGCCUGCAGUUUCAAGUGUUCUGGGGCUGCAGCAAGCAAGGAGCCCACCCUGCCUUAGGGUGCUGCAGGGCUGCUGGCUGGGAGACACUUAGGUAAGCAAGCGCCUCUUAGCCAGAGCCUGCCUUUGGCACCCCUGCCCUCCUGCACCCCAACUCCCUCCCCCAGGUCACCAUCCAAACCCUUUGCACCCCCUGCCCCAGCUCACAACUCCCUCCCAAACCCUGUACCCCCUCCUACACUCCUCCUCCCUGGACAGAAUCCUCCCCUGCACCCAGACUCCCUCCCAGAGUCUGCCCCAGAACACAACCUCCUUCUUCACCCAAACUCCUCUCAGACCUCACACCCUCUCCUGCACCCCAGUCCCCUUAUCCUGUGUGCCCUUCUGCACCCAACUGCCAACCUAGACCACAUACCUCUUCCACAGAAAAGUGUGGCCCUUGUCCACUUUCCAAAAUUUUGGUGUGUCCCUCCCCCCACCAACAAUUAUUGCCCACCCCGAUGUAUACCCUUUACAUUGAUUCUGGCAGGGAGAAGUUUCCAUUCCCCAAUGUACUGUCAACUUUAGUUUUAAUUAGAGCUUUACGUUUCACUGAACAAAAAAGUUACACGUUCUUAGGGUGAAACCCUUUUUUGUAACUUAAGUGCUGGCUUUAUCUUGUGGCAGUAAAGUU